AUGACGGUUGCCACCAGCGACCCUGCGGACGAAGCCGCAGCACAUCCAGGUCAGCCUCAUGACCAGUACGACCCAGAGCCGGAUCAUGAGUGCUGUGAAAGGGUCGUCAUCAACAUCUCAGGCUUACGCUUUGAGACACAGCUCAAGACCCUCUCCCAGUUUCCAGAGACGCUGCUGGGGGAUCCCAAGAAGAGGAUGAGGUAUUUUGAUCCUCUCCGGAACGAGUACUUUUUUGACCGGAAUCGGCCAAGUUUUGAUGCUAUUCUAUAUUAUUACCAAUCUGGAGGCAGGCUGCGCCGGCCUGUUAAUGUGACCCUGGACAUUUUUUCUGAAGAAAUCCGUUUUUAUGAAUUGGGUGAGGAGGCUAUGGAAAUUUUCAGGGAGGAUGAAGGUUUCAUAAAGGAAGAGGAGCGACCCCUGCCAGAGAACGAGUUUCAGAGACAAGUAUGGCUGCUGUUUGAGUAUCCAGAGAGCUCAGGUCCUGCUCGCAUCAUUGCCAUCAUCUCUGUCAUGGUGAUUCUUAUCUCUAUUGUCAGCUUCUGUCUGGAGACAUUGCCAAUUUUCCGAAAUGAUGAUGGGGAGAUCUACAAUGCUCAAUUCCAGUCCAUGUCCAAUGCCACCUCUACCUAUGAUGGCUCGGAUUAUUUCACAGAUCCUUUCUUCAUCGUGGAGACUCUCUGCAUCAUCUGGUUCUCAUUUGAGUUCCUAGUGAGGUUCUUUGCCUGUCCCAGUAAAGCUGGAUUUUUUGGCAACAUCAUGAACAUCAUUGAUAUAGUGGCAAUCAUCCCCUACUUCAUCACCCUAGGCACAGAGCUAGCAGAGAGGCCAGAGGACGCUCAGGCAGGCCAGCAGGCUAUGUCUUUGGCUAUUCUCCGUGUCAUUCGUCUUGUCAGGGUGUUUCGUAUCUUUAAACUCUCGCGUCACUCCAAGGGGCUCCAGAUCUUGGGACAGACUCUGAAGGCCAGUAUGCGUGAGCUAGGCCUCCUCAUCUUCUUCCUGUUUAUCGGCGUAAUCCUCUUCUCCAGUGCUGUCUACUUCGCAGAAGCAGACGAGCCACAUUCCCAGUUCAGCAGCAUCCCUGAGGCCUUUUGGUGGGCUGUGGUCUCCAUGACCACCGUGGGCUACGGAGACAUGGUUCCAACAACCAUUGGAGGAAAGAUUGUGGGGUCUCUCUGCGCAAUUGCCGGUGUGCUAACUAUUGCCCUGCCUGUUCCAGUCAUCGUGUCAAACUUCAACUACUUCUACCACAGAGAGACGGAGGGGGAGGAGCAGGCACAGUAUCUUAACAUCCCAAGUGUGCCUAAAGCUAGCUCCGCUGACGAUCUGAAGAAGAGCGGUCGGAGUGGCAGUGGAUCCACUCUCAGUAAAUCUGAAUAUGUGGAGAUCCAGGAGGCUGAUAACCACAGCACUGAGGGCUUAAGACCAGAGGGCGUGAAAACAGGAAACUGCACCCUGGCUAACACUAACUACGUAAAUAUCACUAAGAUGCGUACAGAUGUAUAA